CGAGGGCCAUGACGCUGCCAGCAGGUCCAAGCUCCAAUCAACCGUCGAGCAGCUUCGACAAGCCAUCACUCCACCUUUCCUUGUGAUCUGAACCCGCCAUAUAACCACCCCCUCCAUCCACCAAUCCACUCGACAACUCAUUACAAUGCUUCGCACAUCGAUCAUCAAGAGCGCGCGCGCUUUCGCCGCUCCCCGCUACUUCUCCACCUCCACUCUGCGUAUGACUGCAGGUGCUACCGGUUCCGCUUCGUCGAGGCCCACCGGCUCCGCUGGAGGUGAUGCUUUCACCAAGCGCGAGUCCGCCGCCGAGGAGCUUUACAUCCGCCAGGAAGAGAAGGCCAAGCUUUUCGCGAUCAAGCAGAAGCUCCAGCGGCAAAGGGAGCACCUCGAGGAACUCGACAAGCACAUUGAUGAUGUCAUCAAGCAGGGCGAGGCUUCCGGCCAGGGCGAAUCAAAGUAAGCGCAUGCCCAGUGCGAUGGUAGAAUAGACAGCGCAGGCUGACCCAAGGGUUUUGUCUCUAGCCUUUGAAAAAUGUACACAAAACAGACUCGAUUGACGGCUCUUCGAUUUGGAGAUAGCAUGUUAUGAAUCUACUGCAUAUUGGCGCGC